GCUUCUCAGGCUCUUGACAGCCAGCAUGGCUUCUCCGGGGCCUCCGUGGAUGUCUCCCUGCUGGGUUCCAUUCUAAUUCCCGUUGGAUGCUUGUCCUGAGAGGAGCCCUUUUGCCCACGAUGGUCUGCGUGUGGUUUAUUGGAUGGUGAUCUUUGCUGACUGGAACGUGUGGGGACAGUGCUGUGGGCACCAUGAAGAAGAUGUUCUCUUGCUCCAGCAACCAAGUGGCGGUUGAGAGCUGGAACAAACACGACCAGAAGCUUUUGGAUGCGGUCGAGAAAGGGGACGUGGGGAGAGUCUCGGCUCUCGCUUCCAAGAAGACAGCAACCCCCACUAAGCUUAAUGCCUUGGGACAAUCCGCGUUCCACUUGGCAGCUUCCAAGGGGCUCACAGAAUGCCUUACGAUCCUCCUGACUCACGGCACAGAAGUUAAUGCUAAGAAUGAUGAUGGCAGUACAGCUUUACAUUUGGCUACCAUCGCUUGCCAGCCUCAGUGUGUGAAAGUCCUUCUGCAGCAUGGAGCCAAUGAAGACUGUGUAGAUGGACAGAAUCGUACGCCGCUGCACUGGGCAGCUGUCUCAGGAUGUGCAUCUAGCGUGCUGCUGUUGUGCGAUCAAGAAGCUUUCCUGGACGUCACGGACAACAACGGACAGACACCUUUGAUGGUUGCUGCUCAGGGGAACCAUCCUGCCAUCUGCUCCCAGUUGCUCCAGAGAGGGGCCAAAGUUGACCUCACUGACAAAGAUGGAAAAACCGCCCUCAUUCUAGCUUGUGAGAGUGGCAGCAUGGAAUCCGCUGAGCUGCUUCUGCAAAACGGGGCCAAUGUAGGGCUGAUAGAUAAGACAGGGCUUGAUGCUCUCCGCUAUGCCACGCAGACCAAGAGCCGACCCCUGAAGCGUUUGCUUCGGAGUGCCCUGAAGAAGUGGAAGAAAAGAGAGAGUGGGUUUGAUUGCUCGUCAGAGACUGGUUCACAGGUUUUCUCUGAGAGUGGCAAAGACACCGAUGUAAGUAGCCUGACCCUCCAGAGCGAGAGAGGAGAGGAGAGCGAUGACGAAGAUGAGGAAGAGAAUGCGGAGCUGAAAGAAUGGAGGAGUCGCUAUCGAGAGGAGAAGAUGAAGGUCAUCCAACUGGAGCUGCAGUUGGCUCAGAAGACAAAAGAGUGUGUUGGCCUCUCAGAAGGGUGUAAAUCAAUAAAGGAAAGGGUGUGGGACCAGGUGCAAGAGAUUAACCAAGUCCUUCCUGAAGGGAGCAACAACAGCCGGGACUGGGAGGAGCUGAGCAAGAGGUACAGCUGUGACCUUUCAGAAGAAGACUAUUACCUCAGCCUUUUGGCUGAGCAAGUACAGGAACUCAAGAGGAGGAAGAACCAACAUGAAGAGCUGGAGAAACAGCACGUUGAGACCCAGACGGUGGAAGAAGGGCCUAAGAGUAUGGUGGUCAAAGACGAGGGAGUACGGUGGCCCGGUGAAGAGGAGGAGGAAGAGAAGAAACAGCAGCAGAUGGAACUGUGGCGUCUUCAAGCCGAAGUAGCUGCGGCCCUUGAGGAGAAGGCAAGUGCUGCACAGAGGGUGCAAGAGAUGGAAGGCCACAUGGAGAACAUGAGAGCAGUGAUCAGUGUCUAUGAAACCAAGAAGAAGUCGCAGAGUGGGACGCUGAAGGCACUGGAGGCUCGCGUGACCGACCUGGAUGUUGAAAACCAGCAGUUGCGUGGUCUGCUGGCAAAGAAUCUGGGGGAGACUGAGACAGUGGGAAAACAGGACACAGGCUUCCCCAGGGAUAAAGUAUCCCAGUUUUUCACCGAGAUGGAGGAGGAGUACUCCAGAGUGCUGAAGGAAAACUCCAUUAUCAUGACUGAGAAUGAGGCCUUAAAAAAGGAAGCCGACGAAGCUAUCAGAAUCAAUCUCCAGUUCCAAGCGGUGCCAACAGGGACAGUGAGGAGAAGUGUGGCUGUUUGGAAGAAGGUAGUCACAGGCCUAGAGAAUGCCCUAGCCAAGUUGGAGCAGGUCAACUCCCGCCUUCUGGAGAAAGUCAGACCUCUUCGGGAAGCUGUUCUGGCCUCUCAGUCAGGAGUCAUGGUUAAUGGCAUGGACCAUCAGGAAAAAGAGCUGGAAAAGGUUGAGACAGGGAAGAACCAGUUGCAUGAAGAAAUUCCUGGGCAGGUCAAACUCAGGGUGAAGACCGACAGGGGGGACAACAAGUCCCGUUCAAGUCGGAGGAGCUCUGACCUGGAGAAAGAGGUGUGGGAUCUCAAACAGAAUAAUGGCAGCCUUGUGAAGGAGCUGACCCAGUUAAGCAGGGAGAGGGAGAAGCUACAAGAAGAGCUUCACAGAUUGUUCCAUCCUAAAGAGGAACCACCUCAGCAAGAAGCUACAGGGAGCUUGGUGGUAGAGGAGCUGAAGCAGACCGUUGACUCCUUGUCCCAACAGCUCUUAGAUGAGAAAGAAGAAUCAAAGAGGCUGCAGAUGAAACUGGAUACCCAGAGGAAGGAGAUGGUGGUUGUGAGAGACAGCUUCCUGAAACAGAUGACCAAAGAGGUCAGCAACACUGGGAACGAAAACCUUGGCAACAGCAUCUUGAGGGAGCUACACUGGAAGCUUGACAACGUUGUGAAGAAGCAGAACGAAGCCUUACAGCUGGUAUCUGAGAUGGAAGAAGAGAACCACGCCUUUGAGGCUGACCGAACACACUUUGCCGACCAUAACGGCCUCAGCCCCUUCGCAGCGGAGGAAAAGGCUUGGCGAGAAAUGUACGCUGAGGCCUCAGACGCCAUCGCUGAUAAUUGGAAAGUCAGACAGCGGAUGAACGAGCUAGAGAAAGGCCUGCAGGAGCUGAAGGAGCUGUAUGAAGCAGCCCAGGCCUCUCUACUCGGGAGAGGCGAAGAGGGGGCCACAAUGAAGCAGCUGAUAGACCAACUCACUAUCAAGAUGGCUGAGCUGCGCCACGAGGAGGAGGAAGCCCUCCGGAAGCACGAGAAGGUCCGUGGCAUGCUGUCCCUCAGAGCCCAAGCCUUGGGAGAGCAGCUGUCUGCCCUUCAGGAGAAGUAUGAGAAAGCGAGUGGGGAAUCCACCCAGCACAAGGAAGCCCUCACUUUUGAGCGGCAGAAGAACAAGGAGCUGCUAGCUGAGGCAGCAGAGCACGAGGAGGAGGUGGACGAACUGAGAGGGAAGUCACAGCGGCUGGAGAUUUCGGUGGACAAGUUGAACAGGAAGGUGGAGGAGCUGACCAAGACCUGCCAGGACAGAGAAGGAAGGAUCAAGAAGCUGCUAAAAGAAACAGAGAAACUUUCGAGUGAAGUCCUCAACCUGCGCAGUGAACGUGCCCGUCUCCACCUGCAAAUUGAGGUCAUCCAGAAGAACCAUCAAGAGAUUGUGUCAAUUUACAGAACCCACCUGCUCAACGCAGCCCAGGAUUUAAUUCCACUGUGGACGAUAAUUAGAGAAGAGGAACACUGGUCAGUUACGUCUACGUCCAGAAACUGGUACACUCCUUCAUUGCCAGGAAACAGGAGCCACCUUUGACUUCCAAUACAGCAAAAAUGCUACAGAAAUACCAAGUAUUAUUAUAAGGAUUCCCUUUGGGCCACAUGGGAUGAGAAAUCCAGUCUCUUUUUUAAAAAACUUGUUAAAUUGUAGCCGUGUCCCAAUGUUAUGAAACUAAAGUGGCAGCGGAGGGGUGUGUGUCUUAAAUCCGUACUCGGAUGCUUCCAAUUCUGCAAUGCAAUUCGGCAAUUGGAAUUACUUUUGGAAAUUAGGCAGUGCAUAUACCAGCACACCGUUUUCUUUCUUUUCUUUCUCUCUCUUUCAAACAGACUUGGGAAUUUAGGGUGGGGGCAGGAGACUAGAGUGGUAAGAAGGAAGGAUUGUGGGAAGCAAGGAGUGUAUAAGGGAGUGAAAGAAACGCCCACUGUUAAUCACUGGUGUCAUUGGGACUGGUCUGGUCACUGCUGAGCUAGCCCCCAAAGACAUUUUGGUGCUUUACAUACCUCUCCUGCAUUCAUUGAUGUGAGCUACAGUCCACCAGGAAAUUUUCCAAUGCAUGUCUCAUUGAAAUGAAUGGGAACUGGGCUAGAGGCCUGCAUUUUUCUCAGUGGGGCUCACGUAUGAAAUACUUCCCGGUAGAUUGGACCAAAAAAGCCUUCUAGUCUUCCUCCCUCCUGCAUCUGUUCCCUGGCUAAGUAUUAUUUGUUAAAUCUUCCAUUAAAUGGUUUU